GUUUCUGAUCUUCAUUCAUAUCAGAUUAAAUAUUAAUGAGAUAAUUCCUUAUGGUUCAUUUCUGUUGGAUUUUAUUGUUAUAAAUUCAUAAACUUGUUUAGAGAGAUGAAAACAUCUGAUUGGAUGUGGACUGAUUAAGAAGAAAAACAUUUUGACAUUAAAAUGUAUAAAAUAAAAGAAAGAAGAUGUUAAAUGAGAUCAUUUGAGGUUUUAUAAAUCUCACUUUACUCAAAUCCUCUGUGAGCAGGAAGGAUCUCCUGUAGCAGCCAGUCUGGUGGAGCGUGAAAAGGCCUCUGACUGAAGCCUGUUUUCACCAUCAUGACUUGAGAUGAUCUUCCUCAGCAACUUGUCCUGGAUGACAUCACCAGGUGUUAGCUAGCUCUGCUAAUCCACCGCCUUUGCUUUAGCCGCUCCUCUUCAAACGUCCGUCUGGGCGGAGAGACGCUGGAGUCUGGGAUAACGAUGACCUUUGAACUUCCUCCUCCUCUGUCCGCAUCCAGGAAGCCUCCAUUUCAACUCCUCUGGAAUUUGAGGUCAAAGGUCAGGUAAUCUGAGCGUUAGAGAUGCUAACCAGCUCUUCACAGUUAGUUAUACAAACAAUACCUUGUUACCAUGGUUACGUGUCAUAACUCUGAGGGAGUAAAAUAAAAGCAAGAAUCAGCAUCCAGAACUAGAAGGAAUCAAAGAUUUAAUCAAAAAGUGAAGUAACACAGGACCAUGCUGCCACCACCAACUACCCACAAAGAUCUGCUCUGUUUGUUCAAACGAAUUCUGCUGAACUUUCAAUCAGAUCAACAGAGAAAACGAUUUCCUUUUCUUCUUAGAGCCAGCUGCGUGUGAAUCCAGGCAGCGAGGGGUUAACAGAUGCCAGGAUUAAUACAGACAGUAGAAAAGGGGAGGAGGGAAGUUUACGUCAUGUUUAACCUUUGAUUUAAAAAGCAACACAUGAGAAAAGAAGCAGCAGGAAACUCAUUCAUCAUGACUGUGGCUCUGAUCUGCUUCUUUUUCCUCUCUCUGCAGAUCUCCAGCAUUCCUGCUGCAGUGAAUCAGUUCACUGGAUCAGCAGGAGAAGAUUUCUCAGGACAUUGUGGCUCUUCUUUCCUUGGAACCAGGAAGAUGUUCUGCAGGGAAAACUGUGUGGAAGGAAACGUUCUGGUAGAAACCACAGAGAACUCAGCUGAAAACGGACGAUACAGCAUUGAAUAUGUCAAAGGUCACGGACCAAACGUUUACAGCCUCUCUGUGAAGAUCUCAGCGCUGACUGGGUCUGACUCGGGUCGGUACAGAUGUGGUUUGGGAGAAUCCUCAGAGUUCUACCAGGAUUUCAUUCUCAGCGUUUCAGGAACAUCAACCUCCAGCUCCAGUACAAACAGUUUCACACCUGCAGGAGUUUCAACUCCUUCAACCUCGACACCAACAAGUUCAUGGAGUCUCACACCUACAGGUUCCUCUGAAACCACCAAUCAGUCGUCUGUGAGCCACGAGGAGGAAACAUCUGACGAAAUGUCGGCCGGGCGCCUGCUGGCGGUGGCUCUGACCGGGGCUGGCAUCCUGUUAUCUGCGGCUCUGCUGGUUCUCUGCAGACAGAGAUGUCUCAGACUUCUGAGAGGUGUGAAAACCACAAGAGGCUCAGACAGAAGAGACCAGAAGGACAACGAUUAUGAAAAUUCUUCGUCUGGGGAUUUGAUUUACAUGAAUGCAAAACCUGUCUGCAGGAACAAGAAGUAGAUGUGAGACUGAGGAUGAUGAGAUGAGACUCUGAUUGAAACCCAGAUUCUGCUUCUGGCCCGGUGCAGCUUCACGCUCUGGAGCUGCAACCCAAUAAAACCUGGAAACGUGUCAAACUCCCCGCAGAGGAAAAUGAAGGAACGAACACGGAGAGAGUCACUGAGAGGAAUGAUUUGGAUCUGGGAGGAUUUUGGGGAAUUGCUUCCAUCACUGUUUGCUGCUUCACUGGGAUUAUUUCUAUUUGCUGUUUGUGGAGCGUCUUGUUUUAUAUCAGUCGUCUUGCGGUUUUUGCUCCUGACUGAUACGGCAGAACAGCUUCAAGAGGUCAGAAACGUGGUGACGUCACUCAGUGGGCGAUUAGAUGAUCGUCAGAAAGGACAUUUUAACAUUUGAAGCAUUUAAGAUGGCCGACUUUCUGUUUGUGAUUUCUUAUUUUUUGCCUUUAUCUUCUUUUUCAUUAUUUUAUGUUUUUCCUUUUUGUUCCUUCUUUUCCUUGUUUUUCCUUUUUCUCACAGAAAAUGGCCCUGUGGGCCACCAUGAUUAUUAAUAAAUUAUAUGAAGAUGCACAACAUAUCAGG